AUGCCGGCCACCAUCUACCAAACACACGGUACGUCCAUCAGCCGUGAAGAUGCGCUCGCCAGCGAGAAGAAUGUCGUCGUGCGACACGCCCAAUUCUUCUCCUUGGUGGACGUCACCACGCGCCUACUGAAUGACCAGUUCGCCGUGAUUACGUUGGUGGCUAUGCAUAUUGGCGUCAACCCUGCAUGCAUCGAAAUAGCCCAUUUCACGACCUGGAAACGCGGCGGGUUUAACGUCGUCAUUCCCAUGUUUGUCAGGGAUAAGGAAGCGGACACGGAUCGUGUUGACGCCAUGAGGCCGCCAAACCAACAAGGGGAUCAAGAUGCGAACCAAGUCUUGCUACGCAUCCCUUUGCCGGCCAAAGUCAGCGAGGAGCAGAAUCCCGGGUCUGUGAUGGACAAGCUACGUUGUGAGACGGCGUCCUACAUUUAUAUGCAGCGGCAUUGCCCCGAAGUGCGCAUACCACACCUUUACGCCAUCGGUUUUCCGGGAGCGAGCGGCCAGCAUUUCACUCACGCAUCCCACCUUUCCAUCUUCCGGCGUGUUGCGCUCUACGUCCGACAGGUCUUUGCGUCCUGGUUUCGUCGACCGGUGCCCUCCGACUAUAUUCCUGUCACCCUACCGCCCGGCCCGAUACCCCAGCCGCUGGAAGACACCGGCUACAUGAUCCUCGAGAACCUGAGCGAGGCCCGCUUCGGCAAACAGCUCCCCUACGUUGUGCCCCGCGACCGACCGCUCCAAGGGCUGUUUGCCGACGAACCCAUCAAGACGCGCAACCUCUGCCGUGACCUCUCCCGUUUGAUGCUGUCCCUCGCCCGCGUGCCGCAACCACGGAUCGGUGCCUUUCGCUUUUGCUUGGCUGACGGCACCAUUCGCCUCGACGGCCGGCCUGCAACGUGCGACAUGGCCAUUUGCGAGACCGAGGGUGCCGCACGAACCGUCGGACUCGACACGACGUACACAAGCGCCGACCGUUACCUGGCGGACCUUGCGCGCUUUCACGAGUCCGCGUUCCGCACCAAGCCCAAUGCCGCCCUGGGUGAGAAUGAUGCCGAGUAUCAGAUGGGGAUCAUGGUGGCUCUGCGGGCCAUAGCGCACCAUUUCGUGGGCGGCUCAGGUCCUGGGCCCGGACCUGACGAGAACGCAAGGCGCGGCGACGGCCAGCCGUUUCUUCUGCACCUCUCCGACAGCAACCCAGGCAACCUUCUCGUGGACGACGACUGGCACAUUACCGCCAUCUUUGACCUCGAGUGGCUCUUUGCCGCACCCAUCGACCAGCUGCGCCCGCCGUCGUGGCUGACAUGGGAGUCCAUUGACUUUGUAGCAGGGGAAGGCUACGACAGCUACUGUGCGGCCCGCAAGGUCUAUAUGGACAUCUUCCGCGAGGAAGAAGAGAAAAUGGGCAUGGCGGACCGGGCAGCAGACGACAAAAUACGACUCAGCGAUGCCAUGGACGCUAGCUGGACAUCUGAGCUUGCAUGGUUCUACCUUGCGCUCACGUCUGUUGACGGUAUGACACAGAUUUAUGAAAGACGCUUCCGGCCGCUGUUUUGGCCUAGAAUAAGCAAAAACAAGGAUGAGAGCAAGGGCGAAAGCAAAGACGAAAGCAAAGACGAAAGCAAAGACGAAAGCAAAGACGAAAGCAAAGACGAAAGCAAGGACGAAAGCAAGGACGAAAGCAAGGACGAAAGCAAGGACGAAAACACACAAACAGACCCAACAGAGUACAACACUCUAAGCCAGUUCUGGCAGCCCGACGCUCGAGCCGUCAUAGCCCAAAAGGUGCUUGACAGAGAACAGCACAAGGCGGCCAUCGAGCGGCUGUUUGAGGACAAAGAGUGA